CCCAGCACCAUGAGUGGCCGAGUCGGAGACCUGAGCCCCAAGCAGGCAGAGACCCUGGCCAAGUUCCGAGAAAAUGUCCAGGAUGUGUUGCCUGCCCUGCCCAACCCAGAUGACUAUUUCCUUCUGCGCUGGCUCUGAGCUCAGAAUUUCGACCUGCAGAAAUCAGAGGCCAUGUUCCACAAGUACAUGGAGUUCCGGAAGACCAUGGACAUUGACCACACUGACUGGCAGCCCCCCGAGGUGAUCCAGAAGUACACGCCUGGGGCCCUGUGUGGCUGUGACCAUGACGGCUGCCCUGUGUGGUAUGACAUCAUCGGGCCGCUUGACCCCAAGGGCCUGCUUUUCUCUGUCACCAAGCAGGACCUGCUCCAGACCAAGAUGAGGGACUGUGAGCGCAUCCUGCACAAGUGUGACCUGCAGACAGAGCGGCUGGGGAGGAAGAUUGAGACCAUCGUGAUGAUAUUUGACUGUGAAGGCCUGGGGCUGAAGCACUUCUGGAAACCCCUGGUGGAAGUGUACCAGGAGUUCUUUGGCCUCCUUGAAGAGAAUUACCCAGAGACCCUGAAGUUCAUGCUCAUUGUGAAAGCCACCAAACUGUUCCCUGUGGGAUACAACCUCAUGAAGCCCUUCUUGAGUGAGGACACUCACAGGAAAAUUAUCGUGUUGGGAAAUAACUGGAAGGAAGGUUUGCUAAAACUCAUCAGUCCUGAAGAACUGCCUGCCCAGUUUGGGGGGACCCUGACCGACCCAGAUGGGAACCCCAAAUAUUUAACUGAAGAUGAGCAGGAUACUUCCAGGAGAUGGGGAAAUAUCUCAGGCAGGAGAAACAGCAUGAACAAUGCAAGAGGUGGGGAGCAAGCCCAUCUUGCUCUGUGUCUGCAAAUCAGCUAUGGUGGGGAGAUCCCCAAGUCCAUGUAUGUGCAGGACCAGGUGAAGACUCAGUACGAGCACUUGGUGCAGAUCAGCUGCAGCUCCUCGCACCAGGUGGAGUAUGAGAUUCUGUUCCCAGGCUGUGUUCUCAGGUGGCAGUUCUCAUCUGACAGUGAAGACAUUGGCUUCGGGGUUUUCCUGAAGACCAUGAUGGGGGAGUGGCAGUGGGCUGGGUUGAUGACGGAGGUGCAGCUCAACCAGCGCUACAGCGCCCACCUGAUGCCUGAGGAUGGGAGACUCACCUGCACGGAAGCUGGCGUCUAUGUCCUGUGCUUUGACAAUACCUAUAGCUUUGUCCACACCAAGAAGGUCAGCUUCACAGUGUAUGUGCUGCUUCUGGAUGAGGGCAUGCAGAAAUAAGACAAGGAGCUCACCCCUGUCUGGGCAGCUCCCUCACUUCCAAGAGACCCCUGACUGCUUUCGGCCUAUAUAUCCUACUCUUCCCCCAGAAAUUGCUCAGUAGUCCUCUUGACUCUGUGACACUAGUAAGUAAAGAAACGGCUGCCUUGGGAAAAAUGCAUAUGCUGUGGUCAGAUCAGGAAAGGUACGCGAGGCACAGCUUUGGAGAAUGCCGAGGUUGCAGAAAAGGAAGAAACAAGGGUAAGAACAAGUGGAUGUCCCUGAAACCCAAAAAGUAGGAAAACGAGUCUCCUAGCCUUUGCCCUCACUUCUGAGGCAUUUGUGUGCAUGAAUUUUUUCUCCAUGAGUUAUCAGCAACCUGG